UCUUUGGAAACAACGUAGUCUUUAUCAUCACACUGAUUGCUUCUUUACUCUUAAGCUUUCAUUCAAUUCCCACCUAAUUUUUUGUCUCUAACAAAGAUUACAGAGAGAAGCAUAAUCAAAUUGAUCCACAAUGAAGAAGAUGGCCUCGGCUUAUAUACUGAAAAACAAGGAUUCAUUCUCUUACUUCGUGCUCCUUGCCUUUGACGCAUCUGGUCUAAUUCGUUUCACCGUCAUGCUGUUUCACUGGCCCAUCACCAAACUCCUUGACGUUCUCCGCUACAACAACGCUGCUCUCAAGCUCAUGAUUUUCAUAGCCACGGUUGGUCUUUGCGAAGGAGAGAUCGAAGCAGUGGCUAGAACCGUCCUGCCGAAGUUCUACAUGGAUGACGUAAGCAUGGACACGUGGAGGGUUUUCAGCUCGUGUAAGAAAAGGGUCGUGGUGACGGGGAUGCCUCGGGUUAUGGUAGAGAUCAGGUCGCCAAGGAGCAUCUUAGAGCCGAUAAUGUCAUCGAUUCACGCACUGGUUAUGCAUAGCCGAAAGAUUGAGUUGCAGCCAGUUCCGGUGAUUUUCAACGACGGACGACUCGUGAAGCGGCCAACACCAGCCACAGCUCUCCUCAUCCUCAUUUGGAUCCCAUUUGGAAUGGUUCUUUCUCCCAUCCGGAUCCUUUCCGGGUUCAUCCUCCCAAUGUGGAUCAGAACUCAUGCCAUGAGUAUAUUGGGCUGCCAAAUCAUCGUCAAGGGAAAGCCUUCUCAGCCACGAGAAGCCGUAAAAUCCGGCGUUCUCUUUGUAUGUAAUCAUAGAACCCUAAUGGACCCUAUUGUAAUAUCCACGGUGUUGGGACGCAGGGUCAUUGCUGUUACGAUCAAGCUAGACCUAGUGAUUUGUCCCGAAGGAUCAACUUGUCGUCAACCGUUUUUGUUAAGAUUUAGCGCGCUUUUUGCGGAGUUAACGGACAUGAUCGUGCCCGUGGCAGUAAACUAUAGGGUUGGAUUCUUCCAUGCGAACACUGUGAGAGGCUGGAACUGUAUGGACAUGAUAUUCUUUUUCAUGAACCCCAGACCGGGUUACGAGGUUACGUUCUUGAACAAGCUUCCAGUGGAGGCCACGUGUUUAUCCGGGAAAAAGCCGUAUGAUGUGGCGAACCAUGUUCAGAGAAUCUUGGCGGACACGUUAGGGUUCGAGUGCACUAACUUGACGAGGAAGGAUAAGUAUAAAGUUCUCACUGGAAAGGAUGGGACGGUGUCAUAUGUGUCGUUUCAGGACCAGGCUAAGAAGGUCGUUAACAAUUUCAAUCCUUUUUCCCACUGAAUGAUAGCUAUUUAAUUUCCCACGUCAAGCUCAUUUCAUCCUCUUUCAAUAACUAUGUUCUACGUUUCAAGAGUUUAUCUGAAUUCACCUAUGUUUUUCUCGGAUCUUGCUCGUUUUAAAGAAUAAAACUGUGUGGUUUAAUAAGAGCUAGCUUAAAGCUGAUUAGUGAUUUGUGUGGUUGCUUGUUUUCGAUUGUUGACAAAUUAAAACCGUCCCCAUUGU